UUUUCCUGGUCAAGUCUGAUCUGAUAUUUUGUUGCAAUUCUUUUGGAAGAUCAAACUCGACGGUGGCUUCGCUCUUAUAUCCAUCAAUGGAGCUUCAGAACCAUCCUUUUUCUGUUUUCCCAAGAUAUUAGGGUGUGGAUUAUCGUAGUUGAUCUGAUAACCUGCUCUAGUCGCACAGGGCAAGAGUGGAUUGUAGAGGUUUGAAUUUGAGUGAUUUCUUGCGGGUAGCGGAAUGUGCAAGUAUUUUAGUAGAGUGAAGGAGAGUUUCUCACCGGCUCAAUCCAUUGUUUUCCUCAUCAUCAGUCUUUUUGAAUCUGGUUAAUGGGUAGUGUUUCUCUGAACAAUGAUACUACUGGAACCAAAAGGUUGACAGAGCUUAUUAACCAUGUGCAUGAAAUUAGGGACGGAAUUGUGGGUGAGGGGCAGGGUCUCUCUAAGGAAGGCGCGUCAAGGGUUAACGAGGUUGCUGAGGAUAUAAAUGGACAUGAAGGGGCCAUCCAGGCCCAGGCUGUUGUGCGGAAACCGCAGCAACAGCCUCAAGGGCCAGUGGUUAGUUGGGAGAGGUUUCUACCUCUUAGGUCACUGAAGGUUCUGCUGGUGGAAAAUGAUGAUUCAACACGCCAUGUGGUCAGUGCUCUGCUUCGAAAUUGCGGUUAUGAAGUGACAACUGCUUCAAAUAGUUUACAAGCAUGGAAAGUCCUACAGGAUCUAACCAAUCAUAUUGAUCUUGUGCUAACUGAGGUAGUCAUGCCUUAUUUUUCGGGCAUUGGUCUUCUAUGCAAGAUAAUGAGCCACAAAACUUGCAAGAACAUUCCUGUGAUUAGUUUGUAUGCAGUGAUGUCAUCUCAUGAUUCUAUGGGUAUAGUCUUUAAGUGUUUGUCAAAGGGUGCAGUUGACUUUUUAGUGAAGCCUAUUCGAAAGAAUGAGCUUAAAAAUCUUUGGCAGCAUGUUUGGAGGAGAUGCCACAGUUCUAGUGAUAGUGGAAGUGGAAUUGAAAGUGGUACACAGACUAAAAAAUCUGCUAAGUCAAAAAGUGUUGAAGAGUCUGACAACAAUACUGGCAGCAAUGAUGAAGAUGAUAGUUCGAGCAUUGGUUUAAAUGGUAGGGAUGGAAGUGACAAUGGAAGUGGCACUCAGAGCUCCUGGACAAAACGAGCAGUAGAAGUUGACAGCCCACAACCUAUGUCACUGUGGAACCAAAUAGCUGAUCCUACUGGUAGCACUUGUGCCCAGAUUAUUCAUCCAAAGAUCGAAGCAUUUGGCAAUGAGUGGCCUGUGACUGCAAAAAGGGACUGCAAAGAAGAAGAUGGACAACUUGAUUGUGUUGCAAUGGGUAAAGAUUUGGAGAUUGGAGUACCUAGAAAUUCAGAUUUACAACUCGAAUAUCCAAGCGAGAAAAUCUCUACUAAUUUUGCCGGCACAAAGCAAGAUAUAUCGCCUGUACUGGAACGCAAGAAGGACAGUGAGAAAAUACAUAAGGGACUACUAGCACUAACCAGUGAGAAGCCAAUUGGCAAAAUGAGGUCCCAAGAUGCUGAAUUAAUGGCUAUAUUUGCCAUCAGUACCAAUCAUCAGGUGGAAACAGGAGUUUCGGAAGUUCCCAAUCGCCUUUCCAUGAUCCCAGAUAUCAGAGAUAAGACUGUAUCCGACAGCGUAGAACUACCAUCCCUUGAACUGAGCUUAAAGAGGGUGAAAGGAGUUGGUUAUGUUGGGACUGCCACUGAUGAUGAACGUAAUAUUUUGAGACAUUCAGACCUUUCAGCCUUCUCAAGGUACAACAAUGCUUCUACUGCAAAUCAGGCUCCCAAUGGGAACUUAGGAAGCUGUUCUCCUCUUGGUAAUAGUUCAGAAACACCAAAGACAGAAUCAAUGCAGAAUUUUCAUUCAAAUGGAACCCUUCCAAAUCAUCAAUCCAAUGGAUAUAGUAACAACAAUGACAUGGGCUCCACAACUAAAAAUGCUUUCACCAAGCCAGCAAUUUUCAAUGAUAAGUUUGUUUCCACAUCUACAGCCAAAUCUCUGCAUUCCUCUGCCCUCCAACCUGUGCAGAAUGGUCAUUUAUGCCCUCCACAGAAAGCCAUACCCAAGAAGGCCAAUGAUGGAGCAGCUACUGUAGUACAGACAGAACCAAAAGGCUCAAAUCAACAGAUUCAAAUUCAGCAUCACCAUUAUCAUUACCACCAUUAUCACCAUCAUCUCCACAAUCUGGAGCCACAGCAACCACCAGAUCAUGACGAUAGUUCAUUUAAGAAUAUGGCAGCAGCUGGCCCACAGUGUGGGUCAUCCAAUGUGUCUGAUGGGCCUAUAGAAGGGAACACUGGUAACUGCAGCCUGAAUGGUAGCGCCUCAGGCAGUAACCAUGGGAGCAAUGGGCAGAAUGGCAGUAGCACUGCCAUGAACACUGGAGGAAUAAAAAUGGAAAGCGACAACAUGAUAGCUGAAAAAAGUGGAUCUGGUGGCGGUAGUGGGAGUGGGAGUAGGAUUGGAGUGGAUCAAAACCGGUUUGCACAAAGAGUGGCUGUCUUGACCAAGUUCCGUCAGAAGAGGAAAGAGAGAUGCUUUGAAAAGAAGGUCCGCUACCAGAACAGGAAGAGACUGGCUGAGCAGCGACCUCGCGUUCGUGGACAAUUCGUACGACAGGCAGUGUCUGAACAGACCAUCUGUGACACAGAUUGCUAAGCCUACCCUUGUGCCUGGUAGUGCUUGUGGAAUUAUGUAUGUGUAAUUAGCACUAGCUACGGAUGUAGGGGGAGAGUACUUAAGAGUUGUGGUAGGACUUUUUAGCCAAGGAAGAUUUGAUAGUACACCAAGUGCUUGAAGACCUAACCAUUCACUUGAUUAACUCUAAGACACCUCGGACUGUAUUUUAUGGCUGUAGACUUUGAUGACUGCCACUGCACAGAAGGUAUUUGGGUAGCCGUUAUCCUGUUAGAAUAGCAUAAAUUAUCAUUCCUGCUGUUGCUGCAGGUAGUGUUCAGACCAUCCUUAAAUGCUUGCUUUCCCUUAUUCUGGUAUCAGAUAAAAGUGGGCUCUAAGCUUUUUAUUACUAUGUUUUCAUUUAUUUUGUGAUGAAAUAUAUUUUCAUGUA